AUGACUGGAAUUUAUACGUUCUUGCGGCUGCUGCUCUUGUUGGCGCUGCCUAUCCAUCUUAAUGCAUUAACUCCACAUCAUGGACUUUCUAAAGCAGUUCCCGAAUUGCUCGAUCCGCCUCAGACCGCUGAGGUAUACCUUAUUCGCCGAUACUCGCAUUCCAACACCGUCCUUGCAGGAUAUAAUACUUUCCGACUGCCGAUAAAUGGAAAUUCUACCGGUGGGGAGUUUACAUUCUUCUUGUAUAGCUCUGGGACCGGGUCUACAGUCGCUGUCUCCCCCAACCUGCAUAAAUAUCACUAUGAAUGCUUUUUCAACAUCAAGGGUCGUGUGCAAAUUUGGGCUCAGCAUGACAAUGAGAUGCAAGAAGCACGAUUCAUCGACCCUGACUCGGAAGUGCUUGCUGUUGUUGCGCCUGGAGGAUUUGAAAAGUUGAUAGACGUGAUUGGCAGAAACUGGACUACGACUACCCAUACACCAUAUUCAAAUGCCUAUAUUGACAACCCAGGAAAUGCUACUGGCCCUGUACCAGUCGCUGAAGUUGAGAAACUCACGUACUUGGAUGUUUGGUCUCAGCCCGACUUUGUCCCACGACGAGACCUUUUGAACGGUACUACACCGGGCAACGCAGCUUGGCACGACGGACCCAACUACCUUGGAAAUAACAGCGACACUUCGUACUGGAUCGCAAAUGGAUAUGGACCCAAGUACCUCAACAAGGCCAUGACUGGUUAUUAUCAGAUCGUACAGCCGCUGAUUACUCCACAGUCCCCAGGGAACUACAGCUUUACAAAGUCGACCAUCACAAUCAACGGGCCACCAUCUGAUAUAUCGGCACUUCCUUAUCAAUGCUUCCCUCAUGGCAAUGCCUUCAUGGUACUAGAGGGUACCCUUACUAUUCAAGUUAAAGGUUAUCUCCCGGUCACGCUCGUUUGGGGAGAUGUGAUAUAUGUGCCUAAGAACACCCACUUCAGUUACUAUACCUCAAACCUAUUGGUGUAA